AUGGAUGGGAAGUUCCUAAAGGAUGAAGCUGUUUACUGUGACCAUGCCCCUCCAGAUCUGCUUCUCGUGCUCCUUGCCCUCCAGCUCUAUCAUUUCCCCAUGGGGACAAGAAACCAGACCAGUGGCUCUACAUUCACGCUCCAAAGCAUCGCCAACGCUGGGCAGCAGCGGCUCCUCUUUGUGCUCUUCCUAGGUCUGUACCUGGUCACCGUGGUGGGGAACCUGCUCAGCGUCCUGUCCAUCCGGACAGACUACCGCCUCCACUCCCCCACGUACUUCUUCCUCGCCAACCUGUCCCUGAUGGACAUCGGCUUCUCCUCUACCACUGUGCCCAGCUUGCUGGGAAUGCUCUUCACUGGACACCAGGAUGUUUCUUACAGUGGCUGCCUGGCCCAGCUCUAUUUCUCCAUUGCCUUUGGGGUCACAGAGAACUUCCUCCUGGCUGUGAUGGCCUAUGAUCACUACUUGGCCAUCUGCAGUUUGCUGCGUUAUUCGGUGGUCACGAGCCCUCAGCGUUGUGUCUUGCUGGUGGUUGCCUGCUGGCUGGUCUCUCACCUCCAAUCCCUGCUUCAGUCCCUCCUGAUGACCCAGAUGACCUUCUGUCCCUUCUCUGAAAUUCCUCUCUUCUUCUGUGACGUCUUCCCCCUUCUGAAGAUCUCCUGCGCCGAUCCCCACAUCAACCUCCUUGUGGUGUACACAGAAGCGGCCGCCAUACCGUCAUCCAGCUUCUCCUCUGAGCAGGACACCAUAGCGACAGUCAUUUACACAAUGAUCACCCCGCUCCUGAACCCCUUAAUCUACAGCCUGUACCCUGAAUCCCUGGCCUCGGUCACCAGCAUCCUGAGACCCCAGCCCUAUGUUACUGGACCAGGCGACAUGGGCCCAGAAGAGGGAAGGAUGCAUCUCUCCAGCACAAAUUAUGGCAGCCCCCAGGGGUCGACCUUCACUCUAUUUCUCAGUGGUCUGGAUAACUUUUAUGGUGCUGAAUCCCUUCUGCUCAGUAAGAGCAACUCUUAUUCCGACUACCUGGCCCUCAGCUGCUGA